AUGAGUGAUGACGAGUUAAGCAAAGAGGCGAAGCUAGAGGCUGCAAGAAAGAAGUUUGAAGAACUGAAGAAGAACAAAAAGAAGAAGAAGGGUAAGAAGGGGAAGCUGGCAACAAGUGAGACGCCUGAACCAGAGACUGCACCGGUGGUUUUAGAGGAGAAAUCGCCUAUGGUGGAGGGAAAAGGUGGUGUAGAUGAGCAAGCGGAUGUUGUAGAUGAGGAAAAGGGCGUUGUAGAUGAGGAAAAGGGCGUUGUAGAGGAAUUGCAAGAAACCGGAGAGAGUGAAACACAUGUCUCUGAAAAAGAGGAACCAUUAAAGUCUGAGAAGUCGGUGGGUGCACCAAGUGGAGAAGGCGACUCUAGCGAUCCUUGCCAGAAUGAAUCUGUAGAAAAUGGCAAUUUGCCAUUGAAAGAUGCUAAUGAAUCAAGUGAUACCGAAGGUCCAGAGACACCAGGCAACAAGGUCGAAAAGGGGGGAGAUGAAGUUGCCCCGAUCGUGGAUAAUAAGGCCUCAAAUGACAAUGACAAUGGCGAUCAACAAGAGGAGACAAAGAGCGAUGUCUCUCUGUCAGCAAUAAUAUCCAAUGGGCAAGCAACGCAAGAGUCUACGUUUUUGACUUCUGCAUUACAAACAACAAUUGCAGAACUUCAGGAAUCCAAUGAAAAAUUACACUCUGAAGUUGGAGAAUUGAAGGCAGAAAAUCUUGAGCUUAAACUAACCAAGAUGGAUCUGGAAAUGGAACUUGAAAAUGUUAAGCAUGAACUCAAGACACAAAGAGAAGAAGUAUUACGUCUGACACGACAACUGGAAGGUUCAAAAAACAACACACAUGGACAAGGGUCUAUGGAUGUAUAUUCCCUACAGAAUACUUCAAGUUUCCAAAACUUGACUAAUUUCAAUAUCAAGAAUAACUCGCAAGAUUUUAUGGAUAUUGUCGACGUUAAAGAAAGAUUGGCACAAUGGAAAGGCUGGAAUAUGGACAUGCAUGGAUGGAGAUCAAUUGGAAUGGGUCCUGUUAUUGAUGCUUAA